AUGAGCGUCGACCAAAGAAAACUAGUAGAAAUAAUAGCGAAUGACAAUUUGGAUCAGUUCAUAAGAUUACAACAUAACAAACAUCUAGUUAACAUCCAAAUUUUACCUUUUGAAUGUCUAAAUAUUCCCAAUGAUAACAAAAAUUAUUGCCCAAAAGGGCCAACAACAUUAAUUUACUGUGUUCUUUGCCAGAGUGCAAAAAUUCUCGAAUAUAUAAUCAGAUCUGAAAAAAAAUUUCAACCUGAAUACUUUAAAGAAGUUGAAGGAUUCACGCCUUUACUAUACUCUAUAUUAACAAAGGAUACAAGAUGUUUUUAUCUCCUUGCAGAUCGAAUUUUUGGCGGAUCAGAUCUCGAAGAAAGUAAAAAAUUAGAAUUAGCAAAAACACUCAUUAGAGCUUCAUGCAUCAAUGAAAAUUACGAAACACUUAUACAGCUUUUAACAUAUGUAAAUAGUUUUGACAUUGAUUACAGCGAAUUAGAUUUAUUGAAAAUUUCUUACACAAAACUUGAUCCAAUCUUGGCACUGAUUUGCAUUAAGUUUGGUUCUUAUAGUGCUGAAACACGAGAGAUGAUAGACAAACAGAGCGAAAAAGAUAGUAACUCACACAUGAGUCAACGAUUAUCAGACUAUUAUAAGAUUACAUCUCUAGGAGAAGAUGAAAUAAUAGAGAGAUAUAAUGAUUUUGUUAAAAAUAAUUUCCCUGAUAUUCAAUUUGGAAAUUGGUCAAAAGUUCAACAGGAACCUACACAAGAGAUUCCACAGGAAACUAUCCCAGUAGAUCAAAAUCAAGAUAAUAGUAAUUCUAAUGAAAAUCCGGAAGUAAAUGAGAAUCCCAAUUGA